GUUGGGGCUCCUAGGGACCCUGGAUCAACGGAAGCAGAGCGAUUGGGUGAGUACCCUACCGAACCUCUUACAAGCCUAUAAUAAUAGCGUUCAUAGUACGACGGGGUAUGCCCCCACUUAUCUGAUGUUCGGCAGGCAUGUGCGGAUGCCGACGGACCUGGUCUUGGGAGCGGCCGCUGGCCAGGAGGAAGGGAGCGUGACGGAAUGGGUGGGGCGCCACCACCAACGGCUGCACUUUGCCUACGAGCAGGUAUCCCAGAAGAUACGGGCCACAGGGGAAAAGAACAAGCGGUUGUACGACCGGACGGCCCGGGACGCCCCCUUGUUACCAGGAGAGAGAGUCUUGGUACGAGACAACCGGCGGCAAGGCAAGGGAAAGCUGAGUGACCGUUGGGAGGCCACCCCGUACGUAGUCUGCAGGCAACAGAGACCGGGACAGCCGGUGUAUACCAUCCGGCCGGAAGGAAAGGCCGGCCCUGAACGUGUGGUACACCGAAACAUGAUUCGCCCUUGUCCAAAUUAUCCCGAGGUCACGAAGGAGGUAGUUGCGGAACCGGCACCGACGGCCCCCUGGAUGGAAGGAUGGGCUGUGGUACCAGGCCUACCCGUGGUGGCACCACCCCCGGCUACCCCAGGAGAGCCAGAGCUAGCACCUGAGCCAGUUGAACCCCCGGCCGCCCAGAGGCAGCCAGAACCAGCACCAGAGCCAGCCGAACCCCCGGCCGCCCAAAGACAACCUGAGGUUGUGCCCGAGCCCGCCGAACCUGACUCCCCUGUGAGGCGCUCCCAACGGGAGAAUCGAGGCCGGCCUCCUUCCCGCUACGGUGAGUGGACGACUCGAAGGCAUUCUAGGGACUAGAAUGCAUUGGCGGGGGAGGAUGUCACGGGGUGACGAUUUUUCGGGGUGGAACCAAAAGUUGAAGAAGUUUGGUUCCGCCCGGAUGUUUCCGUCCAGACCGGAAAACAGAAACACCGGACAUCCGGCAGCUUCGCGAAGGCUGUAAUCAGCCGAUUGGGCACAGCUGUGCCUAGUUAAAGAGAUCGCCGGGCAAUUGGAUAACUGGAGUACAGAGAGGAGUAUAAAAAGCACAGUUAGAUCACAGUUGAGGGUCGUAGUGUGUGCUGAGGAACGGAGCUGUGCUCAUUGUUAGACGUGGUGGCUGUCUGUAUUUCUCUCUCUCUCCCUCUCUUGUUGUAGUUUACGGUGGACCUGCUGGAGUAAAUGAAGAAUCCUAUGGGUAGAAAGGAACCUUGGUCUAACCAGCAUUUUUGAAGGAGUAAACAGGAAGAAAAUUGACCUUGUUGCACAACGUAAACAAAGGCUAUCCGCUGUGAGUAUACCCGUUGGUGUGGAGUAACUUGCAUAAAUUAACCUGUGUGAUCGUUGGAGUCCUCCAGGACUAGGAGGGCGGCCCUACCCCUAUAACAGCGUGGUGGGCGAGCCGCUGGAAGUGUACGUCCAAACAGCCACAGCAACGAGACCUUAUUUUGGUCGUGUUUCCAUCGCCCCUCUUUCAGCCCAAGCGCAGUGGAGGACACCGGGCGCUUUCCCUUGUGGUGUUGCACUGAUAGUGUGGUGAGUGAGAUUUUACAAUUAAUAAGCUUUUCACGUUGGAGUGGUGCUGUGUAUUUGCUGUGUGUCUUGUCAGACGAAGCCCCGUACCAUCCAUUCCCUCUACUGGGCAGAGGACGGAGAGGCUAACGACCUCAGAAAUUACUGCUACCAUACGCUGUGUGCUGUUUCGGAGUACGAAGGGAUACAGACCAAGAGCUGUCCAGGGCUGUGAGUAAAAUAUUGGAAAUAUUCGUGGUGUAAACUUACCUGUGUCUGUCUUUGUCGCAGAGUCAGAGGCGAAAGGGUCCGCCGCCCCCGUGGUCUCUACAAAAGGGCGCCCCUGUCCAGGAUUCGAUCGGCCUACGGGCAGUGGAGGUAGGGCAGCGCUCGACCCGGCGAGGUGGUGUGUGACCUUCGCCCCUCUGCUGACCUACAGAGGAAAACCAGAGUGAAUAAUUGAAGAACAGACUGUGAACGUGAUACCUACCCAGAAAGCUGUAAGCAGCAGAGCCGGUGAGCAAUACUCGAAGUUUCAGUAACAGUGUCUUUGUGUCCUAGCGACCACCUGUGGAGAGAGAGGAAAAUAAGAGUGAAGAAUUGAAGAACAGACUGUGAACGUGAUACCUACCCAGAAAGCUGUAAGCAGCAGAGCCGGUGAGCAAUACUCGAAGUUUCAGUAACAGAGUCUUUGUGUCCUAGCGACCACCUGUGGAGAGAGAGGAAAACCAGAGGGAAUAAUUGAAGAACAGACUGUGAACGUAAUACCUACCCAGAGAGCUGUAAGCAGCAGAGCCGGUGAGAAAUACUCGAAGUCUCAGUAACAGUGUCUUUGUGUCCUAGCGACCACCUGUGGAGAGAGAGGAAAACAAGAGUGAAUAAUUGAAGAACAGACUGUGAACGUGAUACCUACCCAGAAAGCUGUAAGCAGCAGAGCCGGUGAGCAAUACUCGAAGUUUCAGUAACAGUGCCCUUGUAUCCUAGCGACCACCUGUGGAGAGAGAGGAAAACGAGAGUGAAUAAUUGGAGAACAGACUGUGAACGUGAUACCUACCCAGAAAGCUGUAAGCAGCAGAGCCGUGAUCACCUGUGGGGAAUAAGGAGAACGAGGGUGGACGUACGACGGGGAACGUGAAGGCACGCGGGGCGAGACCCCCUGCCGAACUGAGAAAAGGUACACGGACAGUGGGAAAUCCCCUACCAGUCACACCGAAAUUGUCUGCCUCCAGGAAGGAAGAAGGAGGGCGCCACGGUUAGCAGGGUCCAGGCCGGAGCCUGACGUUUCCCUCUUCCCCCCGGCUUAUGGUGGUUGGCACCCCUGUUGCCUUUGCCCCAGUCUGCCCGUGGCUGUAGUCUCCCUGGAGGGAGGAGAAGAAGCCUAUUAGUUUUAAAUUCCCCUUUCCCCAAUUUCCCAGUUCUUUUAAGUAUUUAAAUUAAAUAAAGCUUGUUUUAAAUUU